UCUAACAUCUCUGUCUAAGGACAGACAUGCAUUAGGACCACAGUGGAACCGAAUGAUGAUUCACUUAACAGUGAAGACUACUGCUUUGAAUGGCACCCUCCUUUACACCGGUGAUGAGCAUGCCAGAGGACAUUUUCUUCACCUUUACCUUGAUGAUGGCAGACCAACAGCUCAGCUUGGCUGUAGCGCUUCACAGGGACAUUCUGACGGCAACUGUCAAUCACUCCAUUAGCAGAGAUGCCCUUGUGCCGAUCACAGUCAGCUAUAUGUUGCCUUCUGACAGUCCCGAAGGCUAUUGCCUGCUUGAAAUGACUGCAGAUGAAAAUCCUCCUGUACGUCGGGGGCUCUUUCUGCCACAUCGGUUGACUCAGGUUACCUUUGGGCCAAUAUUCCUUGGGAAUGUCCCAAGUCACAUUAAGAUUCAUUCGAGUUCUGGGUGGAUUUAUGGCUUCAGAGGCUGCAUUAGGGAGUUCCAGGUGAACAACAAAGAACUCUUCAUCAUAGACGAAGCCUUGGGAGGAAGGAACAUCGAGAACUGCAAUGUCCCUGUUUGUGACUAUCAUCCAUGCCGCAACGGUGGCACUUGCACCAGUGAUACAGAGAACUGGUUCUGUGAAUGCUCUGUUCUCUACUCUGGGAAAUUAUGUCAGCUUUCAACCUGUGAGGAGAACCCAUGUGGAAAUGGAGCAACAUGUUUUCCAAAAUCCAGCCAAGACACCGUGUGCCUCUGUCCCUAUGGAAGGACUGGAAUCCUUUGUAAUGAUGUUAUUAAUAUUACCUAUCCUAACUUCAGUGGGACAGAUAGCUUUGGCUAUACCUCAUUCCUAGCCUAUUCAGCGAUUCCAAACAUCAGCCUCUACUAUGAAUUCCAACUGAAAUUUCAAUUAGCAAACCACAACUCUUCACUGAAAGACAACCUGAUAUUUUUCACUGGUCAGAAGGGUCAAGGUCUUAAUGGCGAUGAUUUCUUAGUGCUCGGCCUGCGCCACGGCCGCCUGGUGUACAGCUACAACCUAGGAUCUGGAACAGCCACUAUCAUUAGUGAGCUGCUAGAUCUGACAAGGCAUAUUCACGUGGUCAGUCUUGGCAGAUUUCUUCAGGAUGGCUGGAUGAAGGUGGAUGACCAUGAAAACAAAACCAUCACAUCUCCAGGAACUUUGGUUGGGCUCAAUGUCUUCAGCCAGUUUUACGUAGGAGGUUACAUUGAAUACAUCCCAGAACUCUUACCGAAUGGAUCCAAUUUUAAGAACGGCUUUCAAGGUUGCAUUUUUGACAUACGAGUUCGCACUGGGAGGGACCAGCCAUUUAAAGCCCCAGGAAUCCCAGAAGGCCACCCGAAUGCUGGUCGCAGCGUGGGACAGUGUGACGAGUCUCCGUGCCGCUUCAUAAAAUGCGGAAAUGGGGGGACGUGCGUGGAAAGCGGCUCUACCGUUUACUGCCAUUGCCCCGCUGGCUGGAAAGGAGCAUUCUGCAUGGAGACAGUUUCUGUCUGUGAUCCCGAGCACAAGCCACCCCACAGGUGCAGGCAAGGUUCUACCUGUGCCCCACUGCCUGACGGCUACACCUGCCACUGCCCACUAGGAACCACUGGCAUCUACUGUGAACAAGCCCUAACCAUAAGCGAUGCAUCUUUCAGUAGCAACAAAUCUUCUUGGAUGUCAUUUGACUCCUUCAGCAUCCGACGCAAGGUUCAUAUUGUGUUGCAAUUCCAAGCCCUUUCAGCAAACGGCAUCCUCUUCUACACUGCUCAACACCUGAGCCCACGAUCAGGCGAUUUCCUAAGCAUCUCCUUAGUAAACUGGUAUGUACAGCUGCGCUACAACCUUGGUGACAGAACGGUAAUUCUGCAGACUUUCCAAAAUGUACACAGCACAAGCGGUACGUGGUAUUUAAUUAAAGCAGGAAGAGUUGGCAAUGAAGGCUACCUCGACCUCAAUGGCAUCAAUAUAACCCGGGAAGCUAGUAGUGGCAUGACUGCCUUAGAUACACGCUCAGACUUCUACGUAGGUGGAGUCUCUUCUUUAAAUCUGGUUAAUCCCAUGGCCAUCAAGAAUGAACCCAUCGGCUUUACAGGCUGCAUUCGAGAGGUUCUUGUCAAUGGCAGAGAGCUAAAACUGACUGAGAAAGGAGCUAAAGGUGGCGCCAACGUAGGUGACUGCGAUGGAACUCCCUGUGGGUAUACAGUGUGCAAAAAUAAUGGAGAAUGCAAAGUUGAACCAUCAGGUUUCUAUUGCUUGUGCCCCAAACAUUGGACGGGGAAGACAUGUGAGCAGUCUUCUUAUUGUUCACAUAGUAAAUGUCUGCAUGGAGGCAUUUGUAUACCUACCCCAGCUUUACUUUCAUAUACAUGUGCAUGUAGACUUGGCUGGUCAGGCCUCCGUUGUGAAAAAAAGAUCUCAUUUUUUACUGCAAAAUUUACAGGCAAUUCAUACCUCAAAUACAUAGAUUCCAACUAUAAAAGAAGGGACCUCAGAUUCACUAGGAUAUCUUUCAAUUUCACCACUGAACACGAGGAUGGUUUACUUGUAUGGUUAGGGAAGGCUGAAAAUGAAGACAAUGAUUUCCUUGCAGCUGGACUUGCUAGUGGAAUGCUGAAAGUCAUGGUAAACCUUGGAGAAAGCAUUGCUGUCCCUCUUGUUCCGCAAAGCAAGUCUCUAUGUUGCAAAAAAUGGUAUUUUGUCACCAUCGCACAGAACAAGACACUCAUCAAAGUGUACCUCGAUGAGGAAUUAGUUCUCUUUGAAGAUCUAGAUCCACAAAGAAAAUAUACUGCUCUCAAUUAUGGAGGGACUUGCUAUUUUGGAGGAUUUGGGCUCAAUAGAAGAGUGAACACUGUCACCUCAGGGCUGUUCAAUCAGGAGUUUGUUGGCAAAAUUAAAGACGUCCUGUUUCAAGAUUCUAAAAAGAUCCUGCUGAUUAAGGCAGAAGGCUAUAAUGUUUAUAGUGGAGAUAAGGAUUAACUGCUGAAUAAGAACCUUUUUAUGUAAGUACAAAAUAUGAAUUUUUACUUACAGUGCAUGAUGCAUUAUAGGAAACCUUUCCUUCAGGCUCCUUGGCUCUUGGACUCCCUUCACAGUCCCCAGCUCCCUUGGUUGUCUCUGAGUGAGGUUUUAAUCCUAGCCAAACUAUUUUUCCUUCUCUCUGAGAAGCUGAACUUCAGAAAUGUUUAAAUUCCCGAAGCAACUACCGUAUUUUUCGCACCAUAGGACACACUUUUUCCCUCCUAAAAAGCAAGGGA